CACCCCCGCCGCCCCACAGGCACAACGCUCCACGCCUCCGCCAGGCGCCGGUGCUAAGCCCGAGCAAAACCAACCAGCUGAUCGGCCAGUCGGCCACCCAAUCCUGAGACCGCCAUCGCCUUAUUCCGUUGUGGACUGUGCGUCCUUGGAGGCAAAGAGGGGAUCUCUUUGGGGGAGAUAGGCCUUAAGCAACAGAGGUGAUACUCAGGGGCGGAGGAUCCAAUAUGGCCCAGUAUUGCCUGAGCAAUACCUUGGCCGGCCCAAUAAAAAAAUAGGGUAGCCCUCAGUUCCUCAACCAGCGGCCGACCGUCGACCGAGAAGCCCGAGCAGCGGUCCGAUCAGGUGAGCAGCGGCGCGGCUGCUGCCUGCCCGCGCCUGCCUCCGCGGCUCCGCCGGCCGUCGACCGAGCAGCCGAGCAGAGGCGCGGCGGCUGCCUGCCCGCGCUCGCCUCCGCGGCUCCGCUGGCCGUCGUUCGCCGACCCGAACGCCGAGUCGCGCGAGCGUGCCGGCGUGCCCCGCCUCUCGUCGGCUCGCGACUGCGCCAGCGCGGUCGCGCCGCCCCACCCCCCGGUGACCGGCGUCCGGAUCCAUCCGUCUGGCAACCCAACCGGCCAAGGGCCAACCCCGUCCCCGGACCCCGACUCCCCGAGGGCCAACCGGCCAAGGCACAACCGCUGAACCGCACAAUGCAGUGAGAGACCGAGGUAUUUAGUCGCCUACUCGCCUAGGCCUAUUAUUUCCCUCUCAAACUCAAAUUCUUCCUGGAAUCCACCAAAGCCCUGCCUCCCCUCUACUGAUUCUGAAAGUGGAGUUCCAUCUGCGCGUCGGUUGAUUUAUUCUAUUUGCUGAGUUGGACUACAUUACCUCCAUGUCGAGACUGCGAGCUCUGUGGCAGGCUUCCUUUAACGCCACAAAGAGAGCUCUUGUAUGGAGUUCAGAUGAUCUAAUUCCGCCAAGUGAAAGAUGUAUCUUCAAUUUCAACUCAAAAGAUGAGCUGAAAAGGUGGCAUUUGUACUCAGAUUCAGAGUAUGGAGGUUUGUCUUCUGCAUCCUUAGAAAUAACUGAUGGCGCUUCAGUUGGAGAUACUCCAUUAACUGGUGUGUUUUCUGGUAACCUUUCUUUGGAUAUGUCUGAAGAGUCAACAUGGAGGAUCAGGCGCUAUGGAUUCUGUGGGAUGCGAUCAAAGAAGUUUGAUGGGUUCAUUGACCUUGAUGCAUAUGAUACAAUAGCAAUGAAGAUCAAAGGGGAUGGAAGAUGCUACAUAUCUACAAUAUACACGGAGAAUUGGGUGAAUUCACCCGGGCAACAAGAAGACAACUCGUGGCAGGCUUUUGUGUACAUACCUCCUCAAGACAGAUGGGAAGUCUUGAAGAUCCCUCUUGAUCGCUAUUUACCCACAUGGAGAGGAAAUGUGAUCCAGGCAAAGUUGGAAAUGAACCCUGCUCGGAUCGUGGGGAUGUCUCUCUCUGUAAACGCAGAAGGCGGUGUUCCUGGCGCCAAGACUGGGCCUGGUGAUUUUAGGCUUGAUGUUGCUUGGAUCAAAGCGUUGAGAGCUUUGUGAACUCCACAAGUCAUAGUUUUAUUUCACAUCGGCCCUUUCCUUCUUUAUCACCCUGCCCCAGUGGCGCCGCUGAACUCAUCACCCGACCACAACCACAGGAGUAACCAUAGCACAGAUUGCCAACUCCUUUAUGCACUUAAUAAUGGAUUUUGUUUUGCUUCUGAGGUUUAUGAAUAAGUGGUAGAAAAAUGGAGCAUUUAGUUAAGGUGCCCCCUUUGGACAGAUGUUGCUUUUUCUCUCUCUCUAGUAUCUGAUCGGCCGAUAAAACGAGUGCAUUCCACCCGGACGAUAAUGCGAGAGUAGGAUUCAGUUUAAUUCUUUGACUGUUAAGAGUACUACUGUUUGAUCGUUUGAAUUAUACACGUUCAUUUGAGUAAUUUUUUUUUCA